AUGUGUAUUCGCUACGGAGAUUCAGAAUCUAUAGCUCAUAUUCUCUUCCACUGCCCUUUUGCGAAGGAAGUCUGGGAGUUUGGACCGUGGGAGCAUAGCUUAGACACCUCCACACAGAGCUCUUUCUUCGAGAAGCUACAAUUCUCCAAGCAUCAACCUCCUCUACCCCCUUAUGGUUUCACGGGUAAUGCCUUCCCAUGGAUCUGCUGGACACUAUGGACCUCGCGAAAUCAACUCAUAUUCGAAAACCGAUCUCAAUCAGCAACAGAAGCCUUUUCAAAAGCUCUAGGAAGUCUCAAAGAAUGGGAAGCCGCACAGCCUACUACGCAGGAAUCAAAACAAAAUUACUCACCUCGGUGCCAUGCAUCAACUGAGAACUCGAUGGAAAUCUCCUACAAUACAGAUGCUUCGUGGAAAGGAGGGAUCCAAUCGGCGGGUUUGGCCUGGAUCUUCACCGACCCGGCGUCGAAGGAACUACACAGAGGAUCAGCCGCACAAGACUUCGUCUCCUCGCCUUGUAUGGCUGAAGCCCUUGCCAUUCGAGAAGCUCUCCUCCAAGCGGCCACCCUCAACUACCGUCAUAUCUGUGUAAAAUCAGACUCUCAAGUACUCGUUUACACGAUCUCUACCCGUCGACGAUCAAUGGAACUCUUCGGAGUCCUCGCCGAUAUCGACGACCUCGCUUUCUUAGCUUUUUCUCUGUUUCUGUCUUGUCGUUUUCUUUUCAUUCUAUGGGCCUUUAAUGGACUUGCUGAUGGGCUUGCAAAGAAUUGUCUAGCAACUCAUUUAAUCAGCAACCCAUCUCCUGUAACCUAA